CCGGUUUUGGAUGUUUUUACAAAAAAUAUUGAAUUCUACUAAUAAAAUUAAAUUCAUGUUAUUGAUGGUUAAAUCUGAAAAAGUUACAAAUUUCAAACUUACCUACACACAAGUCUAGCUAGAGAGUGGAUUAUUUUAUCGAAUUGGAUUCAUUGAGAUAAUAUUAUUGAAAAAUAACCAAUAUGGAAAAUAUCAAGAAAUUUGAAAUGGAAGAUACUAACAAUACUUCACCACUCCCUCUGCAGUGUUUAUGUAGAAAAAUAAUAAUAGAACAAAACAAUUUAUACCUUUCGCCAUACAAAGAAGAUACGUUUCCUAAUGAUUAUUGCAACAAUAUUAAUAUGCUUAUGAAUAAUAAUGAAGAUUCAAUAAGCCAUGAAAUAAAUAAUCUAGAUUUAGUCAUAGGUAUGGAAGAACUGGACAAUUUUAUACAAGAUCUAAACAUAGAUCCUUUUUCUGAAUUAGAUAACUUUAAAGAGCUUUUUGAAAGAGAUAUUGAACAAAACGUUGAUAUGCCCCAAGAUAUUGAUUCCAAAGUAAUAGAAAAAGAUAUAUCUAACGCAUAUAGUAAAGAAAUUGAAAAAGAUAUAACAGUAAACAGCAUAAAAGAAAUCUUUAAAAGGGAAACUAAUGAAAAAGAUGUCAUAGUUCUAAAUUCUGAAGACUCAGAAUCAGAAAUAGAUUCUGUAUCAUUACAGUCGACUGCGUCUCGAAACAUCCAAGAUGAAAAACCUAAGAUUACCAUCGAAAUAAGUCCACAAAUACAAUACAUUGCUAACGUUAACACAGACUGUUGUAAAAAAACAAAAGAAGAUAUAAUAAUAAUAAUUUCUGACAGUGAAUCAGACGAUUCUUGCAGCGGAUACCAUUCUUCAGACUUUGAGUUCAUAACUGAAGAAGAAGCAAGAGCUGAUGGCUUUAAAAACUUUAAUAAAACCAACACAAUUGAAAAUGAAGUUACUAAAACAGUUGAAGAAACUCAAAAACCAAGUUGUAGUAAUAAUAAUGAAGAAUACAGACAGAACCACCAAAUCCCAGUAGGGGAAGGGUAUUUUGAUCUCUUCAGGGGAUAUCAUGCUCCAACUACCCCCUUUAUGUUUGAAAACAAAUGCAUGGGGUUGCUAUUGAAUGCAGAAUAUGCAGGGGUGGGUUUUGAUAUGAGAGUGCUUAGCAGACAAAUACAAGAAUUUGAAGACGAUGAUGAAUAUAAAGAAGAAGCUGAAGAGUGUGCGAAGAAAAUACUAAGAAUGUAUCCACGCGAGAACCGCAAACGCAGGCGUAGAUUUAUUUAAAAUGUAAAUAAAUGUUGAAUUAUUU